AUGGAGAGUGCGCUCGUUCAAUUGCUACCACCGCCGUUCACUGAAAAGACGACCCCGUUUCCCGAAUUGACUUGCGCCAAAUGCGAUGAUGGCAUAGGCGGUUGCCAACCUGACCACGUUGUCAACGAAGUGUGCCAGAGGGGCACCACCGCGUGUAUGGUUGAGAUGUUCUUCACGCCGAAUUCCACGAAGAUGUUCGAUUUCCGCGCCGGUUGUUCCGCCCGUCACAGCUGUCCUGAAGGCUACACCAGACUGAUGUGCACCGAUUUCAUCAACGGUGUUAAGACCUGUCGUCUCUGCUGCUUCAAAAAUACCUGUCUCGACCCAACACCGGGCUCAAAAAUGCGCAUGUCAGUCAUGAAGGAUCUGAUGCUUAAAUCCGGAUUCCAAGGUGAAAGCAUUGAGGAGCAUCUUUCUCGCGAGAACGAAAUCGCCUUGAACAGGGGUGUUACAAUAACAACGACCACAACUACGACAACAACAUCGGCAGCACCUACAUCACCUUCAACAACAACAACAACAACAAUAACAGAACUAUGCACAUCCACUCCCGUUAUUUGGACAUCAACAAGCAUUUUAGUAGAGGAAGGACUCGACGAUGACGAUGAAGUCGCAUUAAAUCGGAGUCUUACCACUACAGCAACAACAUCGGCAGCGUCUACAUCACCAUCAACAACAACAGAACUGCACACAUCCGCUCCAGUUAGUGAGACAUCAGCAGGCAUUUUAAAAGAGGAAGGACUCUAUGAGGAUAACAACGACUGGAUGGCAGCAGAGAAGGAGGAGGAGGAGACAACUCCGAUUUCGCCUAGACGAAGAACGAUGUUGAAGGAGGCGAACGAGAAUGAGGAGGAGGCGAAAGAGGAUGGUGGACAGUACCUAAAGUCGGAGGUAACAGCUGAGAAGGUGAGAGAGAGACCAAUGGACUCGCAAGAGAUACAGAUGAAUGACCAGACCUACAAUGAGGAGUUGGCUACUGGAGUAGUUGCCUCUGUUUACUGGAGGACCUCACGAGAUGCCGCCAUGCGAGGUGGGAUAGGCACAGUGAUCAAGAUGCUGAUCGCAUUUGUGGCAGCGGUAGCAGUCUACUCUGCUCUGGCCUACUCUGUGCAGUGGACAGAAAGUGACGACCUCCAUUUGCAUCCCCACACAACAACCCGAUGA